AUGGAUGCAUGGGCAGCAGAAAUUCGACGAUGGCCCACGUUAGUAGUAUUCAUAUUUGGUCAAACAAGUAAUAUUUUAAGUGUUCUUGUACUUGCUCGACCAAAAUUACGAAAGAGUACAUGUUCACUUUAUUUACUUGGUGCAAGUAUAAGUAAUACAAUAUGUAUAUUUGUUGGUUUACUUUAUUUUGUUAUAAGUAGUGGAUUUGGAUAUUCAUUUCUAUCAAAAACUCGUGGUUUAUGUAAAUUUAUACCAUUUAUGUAUUAUUCAACAUUAGUUUUGGCUUCAUGGUUUAUUCUUCUUGCAUGUAUUGAUCGAUAUUGUUCAACAGAUUCAAGAGCUAAAAUACGUCGAUUUAGUCAUAUAAAUACAGCUAAAUGGUUUAUUAUUUUCUUACCAUUUGUUUCAUUUAUUGUGCAUAUUCAUUUAUUAAUUUAUAUCGAUUGGAUACGUGUUGGUUUAUGUAGUUUUAUCAUAUUUGAUUAUCUACUUUUUUUCUAUGCUUAUUAUGUCAUUACCUAUGCAUUUAUGACACCUAUACUUUAUAUUGUUUUUGCUGCACUUACUAUAAAUAAUGUUCGAAAAAGAAAGAAAACUGUAGCAAUUAUAGUUAAAAGAAAUGGAACAAAUAUUCGAUCAAAAAAACGACUACAAACACUUGAUGCACAACUUCUUCGAAUGCUUCUUGUACAGGUCAUAUCAUUUUUUAUAUUAACUAUGCCUCUUGCAAUAUGGAAUGUUUAUAUAGGCAUCAGUUAUUAUAAGCCAAAAUCACCUAUAACAACUAGUUUAGAAGCUCUUUUAUCUGUUAAUUUUCGUUUUUUAACGUUUAUUAAUAUUGGUUCUACAUGUGUCGUUUAUGCUGUAACUUCUCGACUUUUUCGUGAAGAACUUUGGGCUCUUUUUCAAUGUAAAUGGUUCACAAAGACAAACAGACAUGAACAGCAAUCUCGUUUAUUCACUGUCUCACAACGUGUUGCUCCUGCUUAA